GUUGUUGUUGUUGUUGUUGUUGGGGCCGUCGAGAGCAGACAGAGACAGCGGUGCUGGGGUGUGGCUCUUGUAAGAAUCACAGUGAGAGGUGUGUUGCUCUAGAAUACCCGAGAGAAACAUGGAUUUAUUCUUUUUAUCGUUAUGGUUCUGUGUUUGUUAGAAUUCUCUCCUGCCCAUAUUGAUCGACAGUCAGACAGCCUUCGAUAUACGGAGUAUCGGACCCUUCCAUACGGUGAUCGAGAAUGAGUAAUGUUCGAUCUAGCAAAAAUGCCUGGGACAAUCCCCGAGAGACGGUGCUUCAGGGCAUCACGGCCGUGGACAUGGAGGCCCGUCCCCUCCUCGACCCCCCUACAGGCUCGGAGCCCGAUUUCGCACUGGAAGACUCGUCGUCGCUGCUUGGGCUGCCGCUCGGGCUGUCGCUCGGGUCGGAUUCUGCCUUUCUCGCCCACUUGGGUCCAUGGCCGCAGUAUCAACAGAACAACCUAUCGCUCUCCCAGGGGUCGUCAAACCACCACCCGCUCUCACGUCUGACGCAGAAGCAGGAAGUUUGGUGUCCACUGCAGGUGACCGGGGUCCCGGUGCUGGCUCCUCCAUCUGCGCUUGGAGUGCAGCAGCCACCAUCAACAAACGGGUUGGGCGACACGCCGAAUCCCAGCUACCCUCACCAGUAUGAUUAUCGCAGUCCGUGUUCGGAAGCGGAUAGCCAUUACACGGGCUUCGCGCAUUCUGACUCCGGAUAUGGUAGCCGGAGCUGUGCGACGCGCUCGGUCGUGACGGUCCCUUAUGCGGUCGAUUGCACCUCUAGCCCCUCGUGGGCAUGUCCCGAGAACGAAGAGGGAGAGAUCUCUGUCGACCGAGCGGCUUCUCACAUUCCCCAAUCUGUGACAGACGCUACGGACCGGCUUGAGUCCUCACCGCCGUACGUCGGACACUUCGUCAUUACUUGUGGGUAUCCUAGCUGUUCUUGGACAGGCAAGUGCAAAUCGGAUCUGAAGAAGCAUGAAGCCAGACAUAAGAAGCCCUUCAAGUGCGAUGAGCCGGGCUGUAGCCGGAAAGAAGGCUUCGGGACGAUCAACGAUCUGGCACGGCACAAGAAAUGUGUUCACAAGCAAGAGCCAGAGCGCGGCCCAAAGUGCAUGUUCAAAUGCUUUGGAGAUAGUUGCCCGCGGCGUGACAAGCAGUGGCCGCGGUUGGAUAACUUUAAGCAACACCUCGCCCGGAUGCAUGAUACGGAAGACGCCACCGAGCUCGUUCGAAGGUCGAAUGAAUGGUAUGACGGCCUGAUCAAACCCCCGUCGCCUUAUUCUGUCGCCAAUUGUCUCGGUCAAGAAGAUGCCACCACCACCACCACCACCACCACCACCACCACCACACCGCGGUGCGCCUCGUAUCAAGAAUCCAAUUAUACAGCCUUUACGAACCAAGACAUGGGUUGUCUCUCUACUUCUAAUAUUCCUGCUCAUACCACCACUGUUCUAUCUGAGAAUCCCGCCCAAGAUCCACUCCAUACCUUGCUUUCCGAUUCGAGUGAGGAAUACACGAUACUUCAGGAGCCAGCUGCCAUUGCUACUUCUCAACAAGUUGAGCUGUCGGUGCUCGGUACGCUCGAGCUGCCUUCGUCUAUGGAGCACGGGAAGCCCGUCGUCGUAGAACGGACUCGACAUCCGCAUCAGAAUCCACGUCCAUAUCACCAGGUGGACGACAGCAAAAAGGUCAAAGAUCCGAUAGCCGGAUUAGCGACGAAUGUGAUUGAAGCGUUGGGCAAGAGCAUAGGCGGGAAUCUUCGAGGGAAACUUCCACACGCAGAUAAUGACGAAGCUAGUGCAGACAACAGCUCGGAGUUAACUGGCAAGAAGAGGGAGCUGCUUCGGAGGAUUCUGUCCGCAGCUUUGGAACAACUGUCAGAGAUCGUUGAACCUGGCCCGUCGAUACUGGAGGGCGAGUCUGUCAAAACCGACUGGGUCAAAAAGGAUUGGUUGCAAUGCGAGUAUUGCUCGAAACGGAUCCGCCGGCAUUGUGAGAUGAAGAAACACAGGAAACGACACGAACGGCCGUACGGAUGUACGUUUCCACACUGUGACAAGGAAUUCGGCAGCAAAGCCGACUGGAAACGACACGAGAGCUCGCAGCAUUCCCACGAACUAACAUGGCCGUGCACGCUGCCUGGCCCAAUCGAGGAAACAAUGCAAUGGGGGGAAGCCUUCGAUCGGCCGGAGGCCAAGAACAAUGGGCAGUCGCAGUACUGGUGCGGCUUCUGCCGCCAGACCAUCAUGCUGGAGAGCAACGACUUGAACGAGCGAUUCGAUCAUAUCGAGAUCGAGCAUUUCCGGAAGGGCCAACGGAUUCGCGAGUGGGUGCAUAAGCAUGGGAGCGACGGCGCAGUGAACCAGACCCGGAACCGUGACGAGGCCGAUGUCGACGUCGACGUCGACGUCGACGACCGGCAUAGUGGAUCCCCAUUUGAGAGCGGUCCGUCGGGACCUGACGAGGAUGCUUGCCCGGUGAGAAAGCGCAAGCCCGACCCGUCGCAGGUGCAAGAGGGAUGUUAUCCGGACAACAAGCGGCGGCGGGGGGAUGAGACAAGCUACACCAAUCUCCCGGAAUCCAUUUAUGCCGUCUGUCGGGGCUGUGAGCGAGACGUCGACGAAGCAAUGGGCGGGAUGGAAUGA